AUGUUUACGAGUACGGGAAAGACGGCGCCGCCCCAGGCCUUCAUGUCGAGUUAUGCGCCGCGACUGCGAAGCCACGGAAACUCGCUGAUAUCGCCCAUUGUUCCGCCUUCGAAUACCCUCCCUGCGCCGCGCGUGACAAAACGCGGGACUGCCGUUCUCAGCUAUGCGGAGGAUGCAUACGAUGAUGACGAUUUCGAGGAUAGCGAUCGGCCGCGACGUGCGACAGGCCUGCGAAGCGUACAGAAGAUCGACCCGAACAGCGCAGACCACACGGCGCAAAUAGCAGCACUGGGCGAGGAGCUCACUGCGCCAGUCGAUAUACAGGGAAUCUGGCGAGAUUGGAUGGGCAGGCCGAAGCGCACACUCACGGAGAAGCAAGUCCAGACGCAGUCAGUCUUGCCCGUCACGUUGAUCCCGAUCCGAAUAGACAUGGACAUUCAGGCUUUCCGGCCUGAGGCGCCGCUGCCAACACCGUCCAACGCACGAGAGUUCGGCAUCAACGAGAAUUUGCCCGCGUACAAACAACCCGACGUCACUCCCGCAUACAGACUCAAAGACUCGUUCCUUUGGAACCUGCACGAGGCUUUGACGACACCCGAUCAAUUCGCAAAGCAGUUCGUCGAUGAACUAGAUUUGCCAAACGACCGAAAGCCCCUCAUAAUCUCCCAAAUCGCAAAUCAGAUUCGGCAGCAGUUGGAGGAAUAUGCUGGUGUUGCGCUACACCCUCUAUUCCAUUCCGCGAACUCGCCCGCUGUUCAAGGAACCAACGGCAAGACCGCAUUGCCGGCAUCGUCCCGUGACGGCACCUCCACACCACAAGUACCAGCCACGAACGGCGCGUCGACCCCUAUGACCAACGGCGUAUCGCAUACCAACGGCGCACAGACGCCAGCGGGCAUUCCAAAUGGCAUCAGCGCAACUGCGACCGCAAUGCCGUCCGAGGAGCUUCACAACCCAGAUGACACAUACCGAUGCAUCGUCACGCUCAACAUCAACCUCAUGAACCGAUUGUACACCGAUAAAUUCGAGUGGUCACUAUUACAUCCACCAGGUUUCGCGGAGAUGUUUGCUAAGACGACGUGCGCGGAUCUGGGGCUAUCGGGAGAAUGGGUGAACGCCAUGACACAUAGCAUCUACGAAGCAGUCCUGCGACUUAAGAAGGAAGCCUGCGAGAAUGGCGGUUUAGUGGGCGACGGCGAGAUCGACAACGAUGCAGUAGAGCCUACUAUUGGUGCAGGUUGGAGAUACGACCAAGAGCAUCUCUGCGACGAAUGGGAACCGAAGGUGGAAAUCCUAUCACCUGAAGAAAUCGAGAAGCGCGAAGGCGACCGUGAGAGGCAGAUCCGAAGACUACGCAGAGAGACAGCGCGCUUCUCCUCGACCGCAAACAUGACGGGCCAACCCGCCAACGAAUUCUUCAACAACAUCGAAGGACAAGAGAACAUGGGCCGCGGCGAGCGCAGCAAAAAGAAGAGACGAUUCAGGAGUUUGAGCCCGGUUGGAAGAGGGACGCCAAGCGCCGAAGGAGGAUCCGGCUAUGGCGGGCAGGGUGGAGGGCUCCAAGAAGGGGAGCGACAAACAUGGAGAUGCGCACACUGCUGGGUCUGGGGAACUGCCGUCUGGGCUGUUCGCGACGGUCCAAAAGGCCCACGCACUCUCUGCAACAACUGCGGCUACCUCUACGAACGAGACAAGAAGCUGCCGCCUUGGUCGGAAAACCUCUUCUAUCACGAACGGCCACAACAUGAAGUCCAACAGUACCGACCACAGCGGUGA